AUGCGAUUAGAAGACUAUCUCGUUAUGGCUGCAUGGGCGGUUUUCAGCGUCUAUCUCUACUACGUUUAUGGCAUCUGUAUUUCACCUGGCAUAUUCAUGCACCAAUGGGACGUCCGCUACAUCGAUUUCGUUCACAUCCUUUACAAUAUGGCCGUCGGUUCCGUGCUAUACGGAUCUGUCAUCAGCCUCACCAAAACCGCCAUUCUGCUAGACUGGCUGCAUAUCUUCGUUCCGCAACGCACGCGAAAUGCGCUCGCCUGGACUAUAUACGUCUUGAUCACAAUCAACUGUCUCUAUUACACGGCGGGAAUACUCGCCGACAUCUUCGAGUGCAUGCCCAGAAAGAAGAUUUGGGAUAAGACAACGCCAGGAACUUGUAUCAACACCAACGCUGGAUUUGUAGUCGCGGCCGUCUUAAAUUUGGCCAACGAUUUAAUCAUUCUGGCUCUCCCGCAGAAGGUCAUCUGGGGUCUCCAUUUGACUCCCAGCAAGAAGGUCGGUAUCUCGGGUAUGUUUGCUAUUGGCAUCUUCGCAUGCGUGUGCGCCGUAGCACGUCUCGUCUACAGCAUUAAACUUAUGCACAGCGAAGACGUGGCCUACAGCGUCUCGCCAGUCGGAGUCUGGUCAAUCGGCGAAAUGACAUCCGCUUUCCUGAUCGUCGGCGUGCCGUCGCUGCCGCGAAUCUUCAAGGUGCCAUGGGUGCAAUCUGUUUUCACCUGGAUCCAAUCAUUGACUGGAGGUUCAAGCAAAGGUACUCGCGAGAGCUCCCGAAAGGGUUUGCCGUCUUGGUACAAGAAUGCCCCCACAGCAAGGAGGAGACAAGACGACGUAUACAGUGAACUUGAUGAGUAUCGAUUGGAGGCUGCAGAAAUGGUUUACUCGCCUCAUAAUGGAAUUACUCGACAGAAUAAGGUGGAGAUGCACUCGUCGCAUAUGUGAGUGAUGUGGAAUGAGGGUGCCAAAAGAACCGGC